CAAGCAGCACGUAAAUAUAUGGAAUACAAUCUACCACAGAAAAUUUUUAUAAGUUUGUGUAUUGUACCUUUAAUAAAUUAUAAAUGGCACUGGGAUAAGAUUGAUGUAUGGAAUUCAUUGUGUAAAAAAAAUGAACCUAUAAAAUUCCUGUUGCAAAUUGGAGUAAUUAAUUUCAAUGAUAAUUAUUGCACAAAAUUACUCCCAUCAUCAAUGAUAUCCAAUAUUCAAAGUCAAUUAAAAAAUGAUGAUGUUGAUAUAAUUUAUUUCGAUGAUAAAAAAGAACAUGGCAUAGAAAAACUUAAAGUUGAUAUUGAUGAAAUUGUAGUUAAUUAUCUAAAGAAUUUUGAGAAUUGUUAUACAUUAAAUGAACUAAGACAGGCAUUGAAUAAGAAUAAUGUACAUGCAGAAACAAACACACCAUUUAAUCUAAAAUAUGCUUAUCAAUUCUUUAAUAAUAUGUACAAUCUUUAUUCAAAUGAUAUACUUAUUAGAGACUUAAGUGAAGAUGAACUUUCAAUAUAUGUUUGGAGCUCACUUAUCAACCAUGUUUUUAUUAAAAUAGGUUACAACAUAAAAUUUUCUAGUGGAGAACUUUCCUCACAAUCUUUUGAAAAUUUGAAAAAAUUAGCUCAGUUGCGGUCUAGGUCAGGUCCUAAGCUUGAUUCAAAAGCUACCAUGAUGUCAGUUGAUGCAGAGAUUUUGUUACAUGAAUCUUCAAAAAAAGAUGUGUCUAAUAAAAGGAUAAAUGAUUGUAAAAAGCUUGAAUACUGCAGUAAAGUUUUGUUAGCCAGUGCAUUCUUAGAGCUACCUACAAGUUCAAGGUCAGAUAUUCAUAAAUUUGAAACAUAUAUGAUUCAGACAAAUGGUCUUAAAUUAACAUUGUCAGUAGCAGGUUACUUAUUUGAAGAUACAAUUUGUAUAUUUGAUCUAACAGAUAUAGUUAUCCCAAAGACAGUAGAAGCAUUCCCCAAGUGUAUUGAGGCUGUAUACAAGAUUCUGUCAUGGAAG